UAAUCCUAAUGUCGACGAUGGAGAGUGCGAUAGAAGAUUUAAAGGACGACAAUGUUCCGCCCUGUUUAUACUGGUCUGUGGAGAAAGUGGCAGAGUGGAUCGAGAAAAUAGGAUUCCCUAAUUACACAUCUUGCAUCACCACAAAUCUUAUUGAUGGAGGAAACGAAUAACCCUGAGAGGCCUCACAACUACCCAAUAUUGGAAUCACAGACUUUCAACAUAUUAAGACCAUUACUAAAGCUGUCCGAGAACUUCUAUUUAUAGAAGAUCCAGACUGGAAAAGAAGCAUAUCCCUUCCUCCCCGUGAAGACCUAGGAAUGUAUCUUGAGAGAAAAAGUCAUAAUGGAAAAAACCUUGAUGGGCUGACAUACAAGUCAUUUUUACUGAAUUUAAAAGACUCAAAAUGGCAACCACCACUGGCCAAUCACUGUUUAAUUCUCCCUCGCUCAUAACACUUCAUGUGAAGAUUCCACGACAAGAACGGAAUGUAUCUGAGGUGUACUCAGCUCUGUAGUUCUACUGAUGUGAUCAAAAAUAUCUACUGCUGAUAAACAUGUAUAUACAAGU